CCCCGCACCAAUACUAUCACAGAAAUCUACACAUAUUUUCUACAAAAAUAUUUUAAAUAACAAUAAAUCUAGCUAUAAUUAAAGUUUAAGUAGCUCAAAAGUGAUUUAAUUGGUAAAAAGCAUCAGGAUGAACAUAAAUUUAGAAAAGAAGCGCAAUGAUUAUGGUCAAUUGCCAUCAAAAUUAAAUUCUUCAAAAAAUACUCUGGAUUUUGCUACAUAUUACAAUCCUCAAGCAUAUAAGGAGUAUAAAGAUGCACUGGAAGCAGCGUCAAAAAUUCGAUCUAGCCAAAGCUUGCCCAAAAAAUUGAAUAUUUCUGCUAGCGUUACUGCAACAGUUAAUCCCGUCAACUUGCCUGCUAAUUCAGCACAACAAUCUCAGUUGUCUCAAUUUGACUAUAGAACAAUUAGAUCCGAUGCAUCCUUGAUAGCGCCAAUACGACAAACGGCUUCAAUUUUUAAGCAACCUGUGACAGUAAUUAAAUCUCAAGAGAGUAAAGUAAAAUCCGAAUUAAAACAUGGAACUCAAGACAAGCCUCGACAAUUGUUUUGGGAAAAACGUCUCGAGGCUAUGAAUGCUUGUGAUAGUGAUGGAGCGGAAUUUGCAUCAAUCGACCUUCCUAAACAAUUAAAAACUGUCGGUCCAAAUAUUAGAGAACAAACAUUAUUUCAAUCUGUGGCAACAGCUCUUCAUACUUCCUUGCAUCCUGUAACAGGACAAACGUCUCCAAAGAAUGCUCUAACUACAAAUCCAGGCGUGUUUGUAAAUCCAGAUCAACCCUUAUUGCAUGCAUGCUCCAUAACAGAUGAAGAUAUUCGAAAACAAGAAGAAAGAGUCAAUGGAAUCCGUAAAAAACUUCAAGAGGCGCUAGCUAAUUAAUUUUCAUUAAUCCUUUAGUUUUUAAAAUAUUCCAUUGUGUAUUUUUAAUCAUUCUUAAUAUAAUCUCAUUCAAAAACGUAAGUAAAUAAAAUUAAUUGCAAAAUGAAUUAUGAAUAAUUUGUAUGAUAGGUACUUUAAAAUAAUAAAAGAUUUGACAAAAAAA